AUGAUACUGAGGCUGGUGGACUUGCCUUGGUACGACGUGAUCUACAGGCACAUCUUUAUUCGACUGGAUCUGCGGGACCUCUGUAACCUUCGAUGCCUCUCCUCAACGGAGUACCGAGUCCUGGUCGACAAUUACAUCGCCACAUGGGACACGUUGGACAUCUCUUCGUACACGGAUUUCGAGCCCAACUCCUUCGAAGAACUCGUAAAAGGCUGCAAGAGGUUGCGACGUGUCGACCUUAGUAAUAGCUAUUGGCUCGGAAGUUCUCAUCUCGUCGACCUUCUCGGCGUACAUCCCGGGCUCACGCAUUUGGACUUGACCGGUUGCAACGGGCCGCAGAUGCGCUGCGACUUUAUCGAGAUAACCAAAUGUCGUAAUCUCACGUCCGUAAGGCUAAGAGGCUGCGACUGGGUCACCGCAGAUUUCCUAUUGUCGUUAGUCCGGUACAACCGUAAUCUUCGACGACUUGUAUUAGCCGAUUGUUAUCAAAUAUCCGACGAGGCUGUGGAAUCCAUGUUCGAGUUUCUCACGACAUUGACCGAUCUCAGCCUGGAGAAGACCGCCAUUACGGACAAAAGUCUUCUGGCAAUGAUCGAACACGGUGUCACGGCGAUCGAGUACCUCGACUUGCGUUACUGCCACGGAAUCACCGAUUACGGUCUGAUGCUACUGAGACCGUUACGAUCUAUGAAAAAACUUUGGAUCCUCGGUUGUCGUUCGAUUACCGAACGUGGCCUCGCGAGCUUUCGCGAGCGUACGGAUAUUGAUCUUCCUCAGAGACCGAUCUGCGCGAUUCGACCUCUGUCCUUGCAAGUAUAAUAUUUUUUCCGGCUCGUUUCUCUUCCUUCUCUUCUUUCGCGUGUAUUUCGGCCGUUAAGAUCCUCCUUUUUCCAAUGGACGCUGUGCUGCAUUCUUUCGGCAUCGCGUAACACCGCGCCAACCGUAAUACAUUUAAGUUUAAAGUAAAAAAAACAAUAUAUAUAUAUAUAUAUAUAUAUAAGUUAAACCGAGUCGGAUACAUCUUUGCAACGAGCAAUCGCACGCUGGAGAUAUAUUGAUAUGACAAAAAAAAGUAAAAUAUUGUAAUGAUCGUACACAAUUACUCGUUCAACUAAAUAUCGACGUUGCAUCUGUCGAUGCAUUCACAAUAUGGUGGACAACAUAUAAAUUUAUCUUCAACUCCAUAUCGAUCGAUUUACUUCGAUCGAAAUUUUUGUUCUAAUUAAGAAACAGAAGAUUGUAGAAGAGAGAAAAAGCGAGGAUCGCCAAAUAGA